AUGUCAAGAAAGUGGUUUAACUUGGAAGCUCAGACCGACGAUGCCAUAUUCGGCGGAAAUCAAUCUGCUUAUUCAGGAUUGGGAUUAACUAGAACGCAAAGAAUUGGUGGAUUUGCAGCCUGUUUCGUUGGCGGUCUUGGAGUAUCGCUCUUAGGUGCUAUAUUACUUUUCUUAGGUGCAACAGGAGCGUUUGCCACUUUAUUCGCAGUAGGAGCAAUACUCUCGUUAUUAGGCACAGGGUUUUUAAUAGGAUUUAAAACUCAAUUGGAGAAGAUGUUUAAACCUGUUAGAGUAGUAGCCACGAUUCUAUUAUUCGCUGCUAUCAUCAUGACUUUUGUCAGUGCGUUCGUGUUGCCUACUAUACUCUGUAUCAUAUUUGUCAUUGUUCAGUAUUUGGCAUAUUUAUGGUACUCACUGUCAUACAUUCCUUAUGCUCGAACACUCGUCAAAGGAUGGGUUGGCAUGUAG